CACAAAUGGGAGUGGUGAGUACCUCUUCGGCUCCCUCCUGCCUCUCCUCCUCCUCACCGUUGCCACCGUGUGGCCAGAAGCUAUUCCGGUUGGAGUUGGCGUGAAGGUUGAUCAGGGCGAGAAAGUGCCCGCUGCCUGUGUGAACCUCAGUCAGGGCGAGAAGGUGCCCGUCUGUGCCACGGUCAAUCAAACAAUAUCGCCUACAGCCGAAAGUCCCCUGCCUGCACCCCCGGCCAAGAUCCUGUCCCUAUCUGCUACCCCCUACUGAUCUUCCAGCCUGUUAGCUGUCAGUCUGUCACAGCCACAUGAGCCCUAUCACAAGUUUGCAAUUGAGACAAUUCACAAAAAAAAGUUUGCAAUUGAGACUCUGAUUUAAGUUAAGAGGUGCAAUCAGAAAUCAUAACAUAAAGGAACAAAUGCUAGUGGUGAGUACCUCUUCGGCUGUCCGCCUCUUGCCUCUCCUCGUCCUCCUGCCGGCCGCCACCAUUGCGGCCAGUACAUCCAUCGAUUCGGGUGUCGUUGGUGGCAGGAUUAAUCAAACAACAGCGCCUAUAGCUGAAGGCCCCUUGUUUGCACCCCCGUACAAGCUAACACCUACGCCCCCAAGACAUCCGCCUGCACCCCCGGCCAAGGUAACACCUACGAUGCCGAGUGCUCUGCCUGCAGCUAUUGGGACAACAAGCAUGAAAGUGAAAUCCUCCUCUGUAAGAAGAGUUGUUGCAAUUUUAGCUCCUGUGGGCGGCUUCAUUUUGCUUAGCAUCUUGUUCCUCGGCACCUAUUUUAUACGUAAACGAAGAACACAACAACAAUAUGAGAUGGAGAUGGAGGAAGAGUUUGGGGAGCUACAAGGAACACCAAUGAGGUUCACAUUUCAGCAGCUAAAAGCAGCAACCGAGCAAUUCGCAGACAAGCUCGGGGAAGGAGGAUUUGGGUCUGUUUUCAAGGGUCAAUUUGGUGAUGAAAGGAUUGCAGUAAAAUGUUUGGAUCGAGCGGGUCAGGGCAAAAAAGAAUUUUCUGCAGAGGUUCAAACAAUUGGCAGCAUUCAUCAUAUUAAUUUGGUCAGAUUGAUUGGUUUUUGUGCAGAGAAAUCGCAUAGGCUCUUGGUAUAUGAGUACAUGCCAAAAGGAUCCUUGGAUAGAUGGAUCUAUCAUCAACAUGACAAUGAUUCACCUCCCCUGAAUUGGAGCACGCGGUGCAAGAUUAUCACUCACAUAGCUAAGGGUCUCACUUAUCUUCAUGAGGAGUGCAUGAAAAAGAUUGCCCAUUUGGAUGUCAAACCACAAAACAUCCUCUUAGAUGAUAACUUCAAUGCUAAACUUUCUGAUUUUGGACUAUGCAAGCUCAUUGACAGGGAUAUGAGUCAAGUGUUUACCAGAAUGAGGGGCACACCUGGAUAUUUAGCUCCCGAAUGGUUGACAUCACAGAUCACGGAAAAGGCCGAUGUCUAUAGCUUUGGUGUUGUGGUCAUGGAAGUCAUUAGCGGAAGAAAGAACCUCGACAAUUCUAGAUCCGAAGAGAGCAUCCAUCUCAUCACCCAAUUGGAGGAAAAGGUGAAGACUAAUCGGUUGGUAGAAUUGAUUGACAAUAAGAGUAACGAUAUGCUAGCACAUAAGCAGGAUGCAAUUGAGAUGAUGAAGCUCGCAAUGUGGUGUUUGCAGAUUGAUUGCAAAAGAAGGCCUAAAAUGUCCGAGGUAGUCAAGGUCUUGGAAGGUGCCAUGAAUGCAGAGAGCAACAUUGAUCAUAACUUUGUUGCAACAAAUCAAGUGUAUUUCGGCGCUGCUGGAAAUGUGGUCUCGUCGGUUCCACCUCUAGCUUCACAUGUAUCAGGCCCCAGGUGAAAUGAGAAAAUCUUGACAAGAUAGACAAUUAGAUUACAAUCAGGACAUGCGAUGUUCUUAUGUAAAGCAAAUGACAAGUCUGUUGUAUCUCCUUAAAUUAUUAUAAUCUGAAGCCCCUUGUAUUGAGUUAAUUUUACCCGCAAAGUAUUUCAAUAUUGCAAACCUUCUUGUCCUACAGCAGCUGGACUGAAUUUAGUCAUUAGAAUGUUCAAUUUUUUCAUGUAAUGCAAGUCUGUUUUCAGAUCAACUAAUGCAAGUGUUUUUCUAGUCA